AUGAACCCAGGUCCCGCUCCUCGCCCUCCUACCGAUCGUCCUCGUCUCGCUCUUACCCCUAACGUUAACAAUGUUGCCGGCAACAUGAGCCAAUUGAGUCUGCAAUCUCCUGGCCCUGGCGGCUCCACAACUUCUCUUCAGCGCUCUAUGACCGACUUUGGCUCGUCUCGCAAUGAAUCAUCAGCCGUCAAGUCUGGCUGGGCCAAGGUCAAGGAAGAAGGUGGUUUCAUGAAGGGUGUCUUCUGGUCUGAGAAGUUCCUCGUCCUCAGAGAAAAGGCCCUCGACUUCCAGAAGAGCGACACUGCUCCCAAGAUUUCCUUCUCCAUUCCUCUCAAGGAUGUUCUCAACAUCACCAGAUCUGAGACCAUUCCCUACUCGUUCGAGUUGACCCGAGGCACACCUGGAAAUGAGAAGAUGGUCAUCUGCAAGUUCGAGACCGACAACGAUGUCUACGGCUGGAUUGAUGUCAUCUACAACAAGAGUCCCACCAUGGGCGGUGUCAGCCACCCUACCUCGUUCGCCCAUCGCAUCCACGUCGGCUUCGAUCCUGUUACUGGAGGUUUCGUCGGUCUACCUGUCGAAUGGCAGAAGCUGCUUAACAGUUCAGCGCUCACACAGGACGACAUGGCUAAGAACCCCCAGGCUGUCGUCGAGGCCCUCGAAUUCUACACAAGCAAGCUCCAGAAGAGAGCAGAUGACCCCAAGCAAUACCCCAGUCUUACCCCCACGCCUCCAAUCGACGCUUAUGGCAACAAGCAGCUGGGCCACGGAAAUGGCAUCGCCCCUCCCCGCCCUCAACCUCCUGCCGCAUACACCAGAAAGGAGAGCUACAGCUCUACUCGCAAUGUUUCGCCCGCCGGUUCGCAGCCCCCACUUUCGCGCUCUAACACGGCGCCUCAGUACGACCCUCGCGUCGAGGACGAGCGCAGACGCAAGGAAGACGAGAGACGUAGAAUGCUCGAGAAACAGCGUGCGUACGAAGAUGCUCAGAGGAGAGAGGCACAAGAGCUCGCAGACUAUAACGCUAGUCUGCCCAAGCACAAGUUGCCCUUGGCUCAGCAAGAGAUUGGAGGUGGCGGCUACUCUAGCGACCGCGAUGCCAGCCCCUCUUCCAGAUACCAACCCUCCAGACCUGCUCCCUCUGCACCUUCGAGCCAGAAGGUCAACCCAGUCCGCCAGUUGACUGCACAGCGCCAGGCUCCCACAGCACCAUCUCCCAAUGGCUCGUCUUCUUCUAUUCCCAGACCCAGUCCAUCUUCCCAGAGACAGCAGUCGCCCAACAGCCAGAGAAAGCCGGGCCAAACAGGUUCUCCUGGCGUCCACACGCCUUCUGGCUCGUCGCAACAGAGAGAACACUCGCCCGCUGCGCCCAAGCCGCUCAAUGUCGCAUCUAAGCAGCCGACAGGUGCGCCAAUGGACCCCAUCAAGAAGGCUGAGAUGGCCCUCACUGCUGCUCCACCCAAGAAGGAAGAACCUAGAAAGGAUGUCCGCAUGUCUAGCAUGACUGAUGCCCAGGUUAUGGAGAAGUUGCGCGAAGUUGUGUCCAAGGAGCGUCCUUUGGAUUCGUACAACAAGCAGAAGAAGAUUGGUCAGGGUGCUUCUGGUUCCGUCUACGUCGCUCGUAUCCGUGAAUCUGCCACAUCUGCCACUGCCCGUCAACAAUUGCGCGAGAAUGGUCCUAGAGCUCAAGUUGCUAUCAAGCAGAUGGACCUUCGCAACCAGCCUCGCAAGGAACUGAUCGUCAACGAGAUCAUUGUCAUGAAGGACAGCAAGCACCCCAACAUUGUCAACUUCCUCGAUGCCUUCCUUCAGGAGGAGAGCAACGAGCUUUGGGUUGUCAUGGAGUUCAUGGAGGGUGGUGCACUCACCGAUGUCAUUGACAACAACCCCAGCAUUUCCGAGCCGCAAAUUGCCACAAUCUGCUACGAGACUUGCAAGGGCCUUAUCCACCUUCAUCAGCAGAACAUCAUUCACCGUGAUAUCAAAUCAGACAACGUCUUGCUUAGUUCGCGAGGCAAUGUCAAGAUCACCGACUUUGGUUUCUGCGCCAAGUUGACCGAGCAGCGCAGCAAGCGUGCCACCAUGGUCGGAACACCUUACUGGAUGGCACCUGAAGUUGUCAAGCAGAAGGAGUACGGCAGCAAGGUUGACAUUUGGUCUCUGGGUAUUAUGGCUAUCGAGAUGAUCGAGUCCGAGCCUCCUUACCUCAACGAGGAGCCUUUGAAGGCACUGUACCUGAUUGCCACCAACGGCACACCACGUCUGAAGAAGCCCGAAGCUCUUAGCAAGGAGCUCAAGAGCUUCUUGAGCGUCUGCCUAUGUGUCGACGUCAAGUCUCGUGCUACUGCUGAGGAGCUUGGUAGACACGACUUCCUCAAGACCGGCUGCAACCCCAACAUGCUCGCCGAGCUUUUGAGAUUCAGAAAGCAGAGUGGACACUGA